UUAAAGAAAAAUGUCCGCCUGCCGCUGUCAGCAGGAAAGUGAGUCGUGGACGACGGAGAGUGACUCAAGAUAAAUGCGUACCAUAACUUUAAGUGAUCACGUUCCGGGGGGGCAAAUAAAAGCAUGAAUUUUCCUUUGGGACGAGAGCGGUAUACGAGAUUAUUGUAAUAUUAGAGGAAAAAAAAAAAAUAAAUUCAGGAACAACGUUUUGUUUCGCGAGAAAUUUUUUCUCUUUUUUUUUUACUUAUAUAGUAAUACACACACACUGUAGCUAAAUAAAUAACCCUUGGUGUGAGUAUUCCCCCCCUCUCCUAAAUAUCACUUUUUUAAUGAUAGUUUUUCGUGUGUAGAAAAUAAAAAAAUAUAUAUAAAUUGAAAGAAAACAAAUUUAUAUAUAUAUAUAUAUAUAUAUAUAAAGUAUAUAUAGUCAUGGCGACCGAUUCGCUAUCGUCACGGGUCGAUGAUUUAGUGUACAGUGUCACUCUACAUAAUCCAUUGAGAAAUAUUUUUAAAGGUUGCAUUUUACCAUUUGUCACACUUUAUUUAAUUUGGAUUUAUUGUUGGUUAUUCGUUUAUGGCGUUGAGGAAUAUUAUGAUGCUGGUUUAAUUGGCAUUGCCGUUAUUGGGGUUUUACAAAUUUUUGUCUGCCUCUGUUGCCAAUGGUCAGUUCACAUCAAUUGCUUUCUCAAUUGUGUCAAGGGAAGAAAUCCACAUGAGGCAUCGUAUGCAAAAGUUGUGCCAACACCAAAUAAUGGAAGUUCGGAACUUGUUAAAUUAUAUCAAAGUAAAGAUCAGGAACCAUGGUUUAUUUUUCAAAAAACCAAAUAUAUUUGGGAUUCGAAUAAAAAACAAUUCCAGGGUUUACAAUUUCCGGUCAAUCAUUCAAUUACACACUAUUCGGAAUGGAAGGGUUAUCCAAGUGAACAGGAAGUCGCUGAGGCUGAAGAAAAAUAUGGCAAAAAUAAAUUAGAUAUGGAAGUACCGGAAUUUUGGGAAUUAUUCCGUGAACGUGCAAUAGCGCCAUUUUUUGUAUUUCAAGUAUUUUGCGUUGCACUUUGGUGUCUCGAUAGAUAUUGGUAUUACAGUAUAUUCACAUUAAUUAUGCUCAUUAUGUUUGAAUGCACACUUGUUCAACAACAAUUGAGAAAUAUGGCGGAAAUUCGUAAAAUGGGGAAUAAACCCUAUAUGAUAAUGGUCUAUCGUAAUAGAAGAUGGCGUCAUAUUUUCACUGAUCAAUUGGUACCAGGCGAUGUUGUUUCAAUAACACGUUCACAAAAUGAUAAUCUUGUACCGUGUGAUAUGCUUCUUCUAAAGGGUCCCUGCAUUGUUGAUGAGAGUAUGUUAACCGGUGAAUCAGUACCACAAAUGAAGGAGCCAAUUGAUGAUAUUCAGGAGAAACGUUUUCUUGACAUUGAGGGUGAUGAUAAAUUGCAUAUUUUAUUUGGUGGCACAAAAGUUGUUCAACAUUCACCGCCUAGUAAAAAUUCAUCCGGUCUUCGAGCCACUGACAAUGGUUGCAUUGCCUAUGUGUUACGCACUGGAUUUUCAACAUCGCAGGGAAAAUUAUUGAGAACAAUUUUAUUUGGCGUAAAACGUGUCACGGCAAAUAAUCUCGAGACAUUUGGAUUUAUUCUAUUUUUACUGAUUUUUGCAAUUGCCGCUGCAGCAUACGUUUGGAUCAAGGGAAGUGAGGAUCCAAAUAGAAAUAAGUACAAAUUAUUUUUGGAGUGUACGCUAAUUUUAACGUCAGUUGUACCUCCGGAAUUGCCAAUUGAAUUAUCGUUGGCUGUGAAUACGUCACUAUUAGCAUUAUCAAAAUUAGGUGUAUUUUGUACCGAACCAUUUAGAAUUCCAUUUGCAGGAAAAGUGGAAAUUUGUUGCUUUGACAAAACGGGAACACUAACGAGUGAUAAUUUAGUUGUUGAUGGCAUUGCCGGAGUCGAUGGAAAGGCGGAAGUAACGGAAAUAGCAGACGCUCCAAUUGAGAGUAUUCAAGUGCUAGCAACGUGCCAUUCUCUAGUUCAAUUAGACGAUGGAAUAGUUGGUGAUCCCGUCGAGAAGGCAACACUAAAAGCCGUCAAUUGGAAUCUGACAAAAGGCGAUGCAGUAAUUCCAAAACGUGGCAAAUCGGCAGUUUUAAAAAUAAUUCAACGUUUCCACUUUUCUUCGGUGUUAAAACGAAUGAGCGUUGUUGCUGGUUACACUAAUGUUGGAUCGUCUGAUGUUCAAUUUAUCGUCACAGUGAAGGGAGCACCGGAAACAUUAAAACCAAUGUUUAGUUCGAUACCAGAUAAUUAUGAUGAAGUUUAUUUAUCAUUGUCACGUCGUGGUGCUCGUGUUUUAGCUCUUGGACAUAGAAAAUUACCGAGUGCAUUGUCACAUCAGGAUUUAAGAAAAUUGACUCGUGAAGAUUUUGAAGUAAAUUUGGAUUUUGUUGGAUUUGUCAUUAUUACUUGUCCAUUAAAACCAGAUUCAAAGUCUGUAAUAAAAGAGAUACAAAAUGCAUCGCAUUCGGUUGUUAUGAUCACUGGUGAUAAUCCACUAACUGCUUGUCAUGUGAGUCGGGAAUUACAUUUCACGAGGAAGGGAACUAUUUUGAUUUUAACGGAAGUUCAAGGUUCAUGGCUAUGGCAAAGUGUUGAAGGUGAUAUCGAAGUCGAUUUACAUCCAAAGAAGGGAAGUUUCAAGGGAAAGAAAAUUUGGGAGGUUUAUGCUCUUUGUGUAACAGGCGAGGGUUUAAAUUAUCUGAAAUUGAACGAGAAGGCACUGCUUAAAAAAUUACUACCACACGUUGUUGUUUUUGCACGUUGUGCUCCUAAACAGAAGGAAUUUAUUGUUACUUCAUUGCAAGAUAUGGGAUACACGACUCUAAUGUGUGGAGAUGGAACAAACGAUGUUGGAGCGCUAAAACACGCCCAAGUUGGUGUGGCAAUUUUAUCUAGUCCUCCCGAGAGUGCGUCCUCGGAAAAACGCAAUAGUACGCCAUCGACGCCAAUUGCAAAUUCACCACAAAAUAGUCAAUUAAAUACUGUUGGUCAACAGUCGAAUGUUAGAAGUAAUUUGCAGAGAUCAUUAAUGAAAGAACUUGAGGAACAGGAUCAGGCUGUAAUUGUAAAAUUGGGAGACGCAUCGAUUGCAGCACCAUUUACCAGUAAAUGGUCAUCGAUUCAGUCGAUUUGCCACAUAAUCAAACAAGGUCGUUGCACAUUAGUGACGACAUUGCAAAUGUUUAAAAUUCUUGCAUUGAAUGCCUUAAUAUUGGCCUACAGUCAAUCAGUUUUAUAUCUGGAUGGCAUUAAAUUUAGUGACAAACAAGCGACAUUGCAGGGUAUUUUACUUGCCGCAUGUUUUCUCUUUAUAUCACGCUCAAAACCAUUAAAAACUUUAUCAAAACAACGACCACUGCCAAAUAUUUUUAAUUUCUAUACCGUUCUAACGGUCCUUCUACAAUUUGCUGUACACUUUUGUUGUCUCAUCUUCCUUGUACGUGAGGCUGCAAUUAUCUCUCCAAAGAAUGAUACAUUGUCGGCAAUACUUGCACCUAAAAAUGUCACUGAAACAUCGUCAACAGACGAUUAUUACGAUGAGGAGGAGCCAUUUGAGGCGAAUAUUAUUAAUAGUACUGUGUAUAUAAUUUCAAUGGCACUUCAAGUUGCGACUUUUGCCAUUAAUUAUAGGGGUCAACCAUUUAUGGAAAGUCUUAUGGAAAAUAAAUCUCUUCUCUAUUCACUUGUUGGAUGUUCUAUUGCAAUUUUGGCUCUUGCUUCCGGAUUAAUACCGGACACUGCCCGCGAGUUUGAAAUUGUCGAUUUUCCAAGUGAUUUCCGGAAAACAUUGAUAACAACAUUAGUUGCCAAUUUUCUUUUGGUCUAUAUGGUUGAUCGAGUUUGCCGCUGGUUAUUUGGCGAAGGAAAACACGAAAAACUGUGAUUAAAGUAAUUUGUUUUUGCUUAAUAGCAAUAUUAUUAGAGGAAAAAAAAUUUUCCCUGCGCAAAAAAAUUGUAUAAAAAUUUUUGCAUGGGCAACGAAAAAAAAUACAAAAAGCACAUUUACAUAUUUUUCGCAUACAUCGAUAUCAUAAUUUUGUACUUUACAUUUUUUUCACUUAUUUAAAACUCGAGAUAAUUAAUAGUAAUAAUAAUUUAUCGAAGGGGUAAAAAUAUAUAUAAUUUUGAAAUCACUUUUUUCUUUACAAAAUAAAAAAAUUUAUUCUCAUGGGAGAAAGAAAGGAAUUUUUACCUUAAAAAAUAAAAAUUUUCUCCUUUAAAAAUAAAGAAAAUAAAAAAACAUUUCAUUUUUACGCAGCUUAAAAAAACAUUUUUGAAACUUAGAUCUCAAUUAAUAUCAUCAUCGUAAAUAUUGUAAAUAAUUCUGAAAAAUAAGAAUUUUUUUUUACAUUCCGUAUAUAGUGAAUCUUUUCUCUUGUUUCGAAUUGUAGUAAAAUUUUAUUUUUCUUUUAUAUAUAUAUAUAUAUAUAUAUAUAUAUAUAUAUAUAUAUAAAUAUCUGUACAUGUUUUUGAUUGUAUGUACCAAGUUUUUUAAAUUGUUGAAAAAAAAAAAAAAAUAUUGAAAUGGAAACACGAGCGACGACAAUGAAUUUUUCUGUAAGACAAAUGAUAAAAGAAGAAGAAAAAAAAGAAACAAAGUAUGUUUGAAAAAUACUUUUAGCAAACAUAAUAAUAAUUAUUCUGUAAGAUAAGCGUGACUGAUAGU